AGGCGCAGGCCGGCGAGGGCUGAUCGAGCAGAAGGGCGGUGCGGCUCCAGGCCCCGCGCCCGCCUGCCUGCCCCUCGCCUUUACAGGCGGUACAACCAUGGCCACGAUGGUGCUUCCGCGGGAGGAGAAGCUGAGCCAGGAUGAAAUCGUGCUGGGCACCAAGGCCGUCAUCCAGGGACUGGAGACCCUGCGAGGGGAGCAUCGUGCCCUGCUUGCUCCUCUGGUCGCACAUGAGGCGGUGGAGGCUGAGCCUGGCUCGCAGGAGCGCUGCGUCCUCCUGCGUCGCUCCCUGGAGGCCAUCGAGCUGGGGCUGGGGGAAGCCCAGGUGAUCCUGGCACUGUCGAGCCACCUGGGAGCUGUAGAGUCGGAGAAGCAGAAGCUGCGGGCUCAGGUGCGGCGCCUGGUGCAGGAGAACCAGUGGUUGCGCGAGGAACUUGCGGGGACACAGCAGAAGCUGCAGCGCAGUGAGCAGGCAGUGGCCCAGCUUGAGGAGGAGAAGCAGCACCUGCUGUUCAUGAGCCAGAUCCGCAAGUUGGAUGAAGAUACCUCCCCCAGUGAGGAGAAAGGGGAUGUCCCCAAAGACUCGCUGGAUGACCUGUUCCCCAAUGAAGACGAGCAGAGCCCAGCCCCCAGCCCUGGAGGAGGAGACGUAGCUGCCCAGCAUGGGGGCUAUGAAAUCCCAGCCCGACUCCGCACCCUGCACAACCUUGUGAUCCAGUACGCCUCGCAGGGCCGCUAUGAGGUGGCUGUGCCACUCUGCAAGCAGGCGCUGGAGGACCUAGAGAAGACAUCAGGCCACGACCAUCCUGAUGUGGCCACCAUGCUGAACAUCCUGGCACUGGUCUAUCGGGACCAGAACAAGUACAAGGAGGCAGCCCACCUGCUCAAUGAUGCCUUGGCCAUCCGGGAGAAGACACUGGGGAAGGAUCACCCGGCUGUGGCCGCAACACUAAACAACCUGGCAGUUCUAUAUGGCAAGCGAGGCAAGUACAAGGAGGCUGAGCCACUGUGCAAGCGGGCACUGGAGAUCCGGGAGAAGGUUCUGGGCAAGUUUCACCCAGAUGUGGCCAAGCAGCUCAGCAACCUGGCCCUGCUGUGCCAGAACCAAGGCAAAGCCGAGGAGGUGGAAUACUACUACCGGCGGGCACUGGAGAUCUACGCCACGCGCCUUGGGCCUGAUGAUCCCAACGUGGCCAAGACCAAGAACAACUUGGCCUCCUGCUACCUGAAACAGGGCAAGUACCAGGAUGCAGAGACCCUGUACAAGGAGAUCCUCACCCGCGCUCAUGAGAAGGAGUUCGGCUCUGUCAAUGGAGACAACAAGCCCAUCUGGAUGCAUGCAGAGGAAAGGGAAGAGAGCAAGGAUAAGCGCCGGGAUAGCGCCCCCUAUGGGGAAUAUGGCAGCUGGUACAAGGCCUGUAAAGUAGACAGCCCCACAGUCAACACCACCCUGCGUAGCCUAGGGGCCCUGUAUCGGCGCCAGGGUAAGCUGGAAGCCGCACACACGCUGGAAGACUGUGCCAGCCGCAGCCGCAAGCAGGGCCUGGAUCCUGCGAGCCAGACAAAGGUGGUAGAGCUCCUGAAAGAUGGCAGUAGUGGGCGGGGAGACCGCCGUAGCAGCCGAGAUGUGGCUGGGGGUACUGGGCCUCGGUCUGAAUCUGACCUUGAGGAGGCAGGGCCUGCGGCUGAGUGGAGUGGGGACGGCAGUGGUGCCUUGCGGCGCAGCGGAUCCUUUGGGAAGCUCCGUGAUGCUCUGAGGCGCAGCAGUGAGAUGCUUGUGAAGAAGCUGCAGGGAGGUGGCCCCCAGGAUCCCCCUAACCCUAGGAUGAAGCGGGCCAGUUCCCUCAAUUUCCUCAACAAGAGUGUUGAAGAGCCAGUCCAGCCUGGAAGCACAGGUCUGUCCGACAGCCGCACUCUCAGCUCAAGCUCCAUGGACCUCUCCCGACGAAGCUCCCUGGUGGGCUAAUCCUGAACCGGCAGCCAGUCGCCAGAGCCUUGCCAGGCACAGUCCCCACCCCAGCCCUGUGCAUGGGCCUGCUGCUUGUCCUGCCUGUCUCUCCCAAGGACCCCUGUCUUUUCUGUUCAAUCUCAGGGUAACCUCCUUUCUCAUCAUCUCAGCCUGAGCCCAGGAGGCUGGGCCUGCCCACUCCAGCUCUACUCCUUAUUUAUUCCUUUCAGCAGGGCCCCCUCUUCCCUCUGCUCAGGGCCAGCAGGAGCUGGCUAGGGUCUCCAAGAUAGACUUGGUAGCCCGCUCUUGCCAGACCCUGGAGCCAAGAACACUAAACACCUGCCAACCCUUCAGCACCCCAGCCCAACCUCCCCACAUCCCGGCCGUUGCUUCUGUAUAUAGAGAAAUAAGUUAUUGGCCGUGCCCCUCUCCUCUGUUCAUGGUACUACCCGGGCCUCUCCUCACCCCACCCUUUUCUGAUGGUACCGCCCAGGCCUUAAUCACUUCCAUUAUGCGUGGUGGUAUCUCCCAGGCUCCACAUUCUCUGGAGCAGCACCUCCCAAAGGCUUCCCUGGACCUUCUCAUGCUCCUGGCCUCCAAGGGAUGCGCCCUACCCCGUGUCAUCGCCCCGGGCCCACCCUCCCGUCGCUGCCGGGCCCUGCCCUGCAUCCCGGCCUUAUGCACUGCCCCUCCUACCCGGCACGGCCCGUCGAGCCAUCAUGCCACGCCGCCUCCCAUGUCCACAGCUUCUCGCGAGGGACAGUAAUGGCCCCCCGCCCCCCAGUGGCCGGAGAGGCUGCCCCUGUUAGGGGAUGAGGCGGUCGCUCUGUUUUCAAAAGUUGCUGUAGAAAUAAAGA